AUGUGGACGUCACUCUUCUCUGACCAUGUGGACGUCACUCGCUGCUCUGACCAUGUGGACGUCACUCGCUCCUCUGACCAUGUGGACGUCACCCGCUGCUCUGACCAUGUGGACGUCACUCUCUGCUCUGACCAUGUGGACGUCACUCGCUGCUCUGACCAUGUGGACGUCACUCGCUGCUCUGACCAUGUGGACGUCACUCGCUGCUCUGACCAUGUGGACGUCACUCGCUGCUCUGACCAUGUGGACGUCACUCGCUGCUCUGACCAUGUGGACGUCACUCGCUGCUCUGACCAUGUGGACGUGACUCGCUGCUCUGACCAUGUGGACGUCACUCGCUGCUCUGACCAUGUGGACGUCACUCUGCUCUGA